AUGUCGGCACCCACCACGAUGAAGGCCGUCGUCAUCCAGGGCCCUGAAAAGGUCGCCGUCCUGGACAGACCCAUCCCACGGGCAAAGGCCGGCGAGGUGGUGGUCAAGGUCGACCUGGCCGCCCUCUGCGGCUCGGACCUCCACAUCUACCGUGGACACCAACCCGUCCCGCACUACGACUUCGUCCUGGGCCACGAGUUCAUCGGAGAGGUGCACGAAGUCGGCGAAGGUGUCAAGAACUUCAAGAAGGGAGACGGCGUCCUCUCGCCCUUCACCAUCUCCUGCGGCGACUGCUUCUUCUGCAACCGCGACCAGACGGGACGCUGCACCCAGUCCCGGGUGUUCGGAUCGGUCCCCCUGGACGGCGCCCAGGCCGAGUACGUCCUUGUGCCCCUCGCAGACACGACCCUCUACCACCUGCCCAAGGAUGUGCCGCCCGAGAUCAUGCUGCUCUGCGCCGACAUCUUCCCCACCGGCUACUUUGUCGCCAACAACGCCUACACCAUGCUGAAUGAGAAGGAGCGAAAGCAAGACAACGUCGCCGUGGUGAUCGGCUGCGGCCCUGUCGGCCUGUGCGCCGUGACGGCGGCCAAGUCGUUCUUCAAGACCGUCUACGCCGUUGACUCGAUUCCCGACCGUCUGGACGAGGCCAAGAAGCACGGCGCCAUCCCGCUCCACCUCGAGAACGACGACGUGGUGCAGAUCAUCAAGGACGCGACCGACGGCCGUGGCGCCGACGUCGCGUGCGAAGUGGUCGGCGUGAGCGCGGCGCUCGAGCUCGCCGUCAAGGUCGUCCGCAACUUUGGCGUCAUCUCGAGCUGUGGCAUUCACACCCACGAGGUCAAGUUUGCCGGCCUGGAUCUCUACAACAAGAACCUCCGCUUCCAGUUCGGCCGAUGCCCCGUCCGCGCCGUCUUCGACCCUGCCAUCAAGCUCCUGUCGCAGCACCACGACCUCUUUGGCAAGUUUAUCCAGCACACGCGACCCAUCGAGGAUGCACCCGAGUACUACAAGCUCUUCAACGACCGCAAGGUCCUCAAGACGGUCUUCAAGAUGAACCAUGCCGCCUGA